AUGAAAGAUCGAAGCAUAUUUCCAUCAAGUGCCAUUUUAUCUGAGAAGCACAAGAGAAAGAUUGAUGUAUCCGGGGGAGACAUACUUCGAAAAGUACAUGAAUCCGUUCCUUCCCAGGAAAGUCUGACACGCACAAAUCGAGAAGUGUUCCAGAAAAGCCUAAUUGUGCUAAAUGACGUACGGUCCAUUGAAACUUGGGAAACCUUGAGCACAAACUUGCCACGAGUCGAAACGGGCAGCAAAAUGCUGGUAACUACUCGAGCAGGAUAUAUAGUAGAAUAUAUAUCUCCAAAGCAAUACAUCCAUAAAAUAAAGCCCUUGAACGAGGACGAUAGCUGGGUUUUCUUUACGGAGUUGUACACUUCGCGACAUCUAGGAUCUUUAACGGACGUGAUGAUAAAUAAAGGGAAGGAAAUGGUAAACACUUGUGGGGGUCUACCAAAGCUUAUCAAGGAACUUGCAUUGUUCUUGGCAUCUGAAAAGACAGAGUGGAAUAUGGUGCAUAAAUGCAGCCAAACAUGUAUGUCCAAAUUCUUUUCUACAGUUUAUAAUGAAUUAUCAGCCCACUUGAAACCAUGUCUCUUUUACUUGGGUCUUUUCUUAGAAGAUCAAGAGAUAGAUCCCGAAAGGUUGUCCCAUUUGUGGAUGAUUGAAUGCUUGUUGUCAACACGAGAAUGUGAUAGAGGGAAGAGAAUGAUGGAUGUGACAGAACAAUAUCUGAGAGAGCUGGAACUUAAGGGCUUGGUAGAGGUGCAAGAAGAGGAAGUUCCGUUCACCAAGAAAUUCAAGAGUUGUAGUAUCGUUAAAGGUAUAGAGAAAUUAUGUGUCUCAAGUGGUGAACAAAAACGUUUUCUUAAAGUCAUAGAUUUAAAGCAAAGCGACUGUUCACUCUCCUCGAUUGAAUCACAUCGACUAGUCAUAUAUCUUGGUGAGUAUAGAGUAGUUGUAGAUCGUCAAGUUGCUGAAAAAGUUAGGACGCUUCGAAUUGUCUGUGGAAACAAGCUGAGAGAAGAAAAAGAAUUCGUUUGGCCGGCUGAAAUGCUUAAUCUUAAAAAGUUCAGAGUACUCAGGAUUCUUGAUUUUGAUAGGAUUGAUUUUCAAGGGCAAAAAUUACCGCCGGACAUAUUUGACCUGCUGCUAUUGAAAUAUUUGAGUUUUAAAGGGUGUGUCCUGGAGGGAUUGCCGUCAUCUAUUAGGCAAUUGUCGUCAUACUUGCAAAUACUUGACUUGAGAGUGAAAGAUUCAUCCAAAGUGAAAAUUGCAAAUGUGCUAGAGAAGCUAGUGAGAUUGAACCAUUUGUAUCUUCCACUGAGAUUUCGAACUCCAAAAGGAGAAAAAUUGCGAUUGGAUAGCUUGACGGAACUUGAAACCCUGGUGAACUUCAACACAGGGUUGUGCAGAGCUAACGAUGUCUUGAAACUUUGUAAACUCCGGCACUUGACAGUGAAGGUGGAAGGGAAUUUCGAGGACUUCGAGUCAAUCACCAAUUACAUGAAAACAACUUCAAAUAAUUUGCUGCAUUCCUCCAUUGACAUCAUAAAUAUGGAUUGCUAUGCAGAGGAAAGGCAUUCAGUUCUUGGACAAUUGUUACAGUGUCCUGCUGGUCGAAUCAUACACUUUGAGGGAUAUAUUGGACGCUUGCCAUCAUAUGCAAAAAUCUCCCAAAGUUUCACUCAGCUAAUUCUCAAGAAAUCUGAUCUUAGAGAAGAUCCAAUGUCGAUGUUGGAGAAACUCCCUAAUUUAGGGGGCCUAGUCCUCUCUGAUGAUGCUUAUAUGGGGAAGGUGAUGGCCUGUUCUGCUUUGGGUUUCCCAAAACUCAAACGCUUAGAACUCUUAAAUUUGCCCUUCCUCGAAAAAUGGAUGGUGGAAGAUAAAGCCAUGCCUCAACUUUCCACCCUAAAAAUUAGUAACUGCAGCAAACUGGAAAUCCUCCCUAAAUGUCUGCAAAUCCAUGCUUCCGGGCAUUCGUUGGAGAUCAUUUGGCCUGAAAGGGAAGGUCACAUGGGCUCCUCUAAGGGAUUGGAAUGUGGUUCAGAAACCGGACCCCCUUCGGCGAAGAAAUACACUAUAUUAAGAAGGUUAAAAUCAUUGUUGAGCCGAGGGCUUAUCAGAAACAUCCUCUCUACCCCACAAAGGUAGGGGUAAGGCAUAUUGUUGUUGUUGUUUAGUAGAUGU